CAGACCUCUAUUCUCAGUACUCCGGAGGACCAGUGUUGGACACUCGUGGGUUUAUAAAAGAGCUUGUGAACGCGCCGAUGCACGGAGGAGUGAAUGAACUGCCGCACGCACAUUUGGAUGUAAUUAAGCUCCCGCAGAGUCACUUUCAUGAACAGAGACAGGGAAGAUAAAGCCUGACACUCAUCAGCUCUCUUCUCCGAGCCCUGAUAAAUUUCAGGUUUCGAUUGGAACGCUUCAGAGACUGGCUGGCUCACUGCCCCUGGGUGGACCUGGCAGAACGCUCUGAACUACUAUAUCUAAGAAGCUGUAAGGCAACAGCAGACCAACAUCUUCGCAUAGCACCAUGUUAUGGUUGCGUAGAGAAACACAUCAUCCACAUGGACACGAAAACAUGAAGGUGACGAUGCUGCUCAUCAUUUGUUCCAGUCUAAUCUUGGGAACUCUGGAGACGCCACAAUUCCCCGAGCAGGAGAAGGAACCUAAGUUUUGGAAUGAUUGGGCUCAGCGGACCCUGAAACAAGCCCUGUCUCUGCAAAGUCUCAACUUCAACAAAGCAAAGAAUCUCAUCCUCUUCCUUGGAGACGGGAUGGGUGUUCCCACGGUAACUGCUGCUCGAAUACUGAAAGGGCAACUGAAGGGAAAGAGUGGAGAAGAGACGCAGCUGGAGAUGGACAAAUUCCCCUUUGUUUCUUUGGCUAAGACAUACAACACUAAUGCUCAGGUGGCGGACAGUGCUGGCACUGCCACAGCGUACCUCUGCGGGGUCAAGGCCAACGAGGGAACAGUGGGCGUGAGUGCAGCCGCUGUCCGAUCCCAGUGUAACACUACACAGGGCAAUGAGGUCACCUCCAUCCUCCGAUGGGCAAAGGAAGCAGGAAAGUCUGUGGGAAUUGUGACAACGACGCGCGUCAACCAUGCAACUCCCAGUGCUGCGUAUGCCCACUGUGUGGACAGAGACUGGUACUCAGACAAUGAGAUGCCAGAGGAAGCCCUGCAGUCCGGCUGCAAGGAUAUCGCCAGACAACUGUUCGAAAACAUUCCCAACAUUGACGUGAUCAUGGGUGGAGGAAGGAAGUACAUGUUCCCCAAAAACAAGUCAGAUGUCGAGUACCCUAACAUCCUGAAGCACAGCGGAACACGAAAAGACGGGAGAAACCUGAUUCAGGAGUGGAUCGACAAAAUGACACAAAAGAAAGGCCAUUAUGUAUGGAACAAGAAGCAGCUCUUAUCACUGAACCCAAACAACGUGGAUUACUUAUUGGGUCUCUUUGAACCAGGAGAUCUGAUGUAUGACUUGGAAAGAAACAUAGAUACUGAUCCUUCACUGACAGAGAUGGUGGAAGUGGCCAUCAAAAUCCUAAAGAAGAACCCCAAUGGGUUUUACCUGUUGGUAGAAGGGGGACGUAUUGACCAUGGACACCAUGAGGGCAAAGCAAAGCAAGCUUUAUAUGAAGCUGUGGAAAUGGACCGAGCCAUUGGUCAGGCAGGUCUCUUGACAAGCAUCCAUGAUACAAUGACUAUUGUUACUGCUGACCAUUCUCAUAUGUUCAACUUUGGAGGCUACACACACAGGGGAAACACAAUAUUUGGUCUGGCCCCCAUGACGAGUGACAUCGAUCAAAAGCCAUUCACUUCCAUCUUAUACGGAAAUGGACCAGGUUACAAAGUAAUCAAUGGCACAAGGGAGAAUGUGUCCACGAUUGACUACCAGGCAAACAACUAUCAGGCUCAGGCAGCUGUACCUCUGAGCUCGGAGACUCAUGGAGGAGAAGAUGUUGCUGUGUUUGCUAAAGGCCCUCUGGCUCACCUGCUUCACGGGGUCCAGGAGCAGAACUACAUCCCCCAUGUAAUGGCUUAUGCAGCCUGCAUCGGCCAGAAUAAGGAACACUGUAUGUCACGCAGCGGGACUGCUAUUUCACACCCCGUCCUUUCUAGCAUCGUAGUCCUUCUCACAAUUACUCAACUUCUCUGUUGACUCUUUGGCCAAAUCUGCUGAAACCAGAGAUAACUGAAUGUAAUAAACGAAACAGAAAAAAUACUGUAUAUUUCUUUUA